AUGGAGGUCCCUGAUGCUUCGAAGAGUCCGGUGAAUACAACUACACUGCAUCCUACUUUGGAGGAAUAUGAGCAGCUUUUCGGUGUCGAUGAGGAUGCAUAUGAACAACCGACAACCACCAGGAAGGAACUCUGGGCAUAUUAUCUCUAUUAUAAUGGGGACAAUGGCGUAGGUCCGGGAUCUUACAGCCAAGCCCUCUUCCAAUGGGCAUUAAAUGGUGCCGGACAUCAACCCGACACAAACCCGCCCAAGGCUUGUACUGGUUCUUCAGCAUGUGUAGUCCCUUGGGCGGGAAGCACACGGUCCGUAGCCUCCGUUGUUCUCAUCGCCAAUGGUCUUUGCUUCACAUUUAUGACAGUGAUAUUUGUAUGGCUGGGAAGUGCUGCAGACUAUGGUACAUUUGGUCGAUGGCUUCUUCUUUCGUUGACGGUCGUAUGCUGGGCCCUGCAGUACGGGAUGAUGUCCAUUCGGCACCCGAGUCAGUGGCCUGCAGCGAUGGGAAUGUACGUUGUCUCAUAUAUCGCGUAUGGCGCGACUCUAGUUUUCUAUGCUGCUGUUUUUCCUCGGCUGGCGCGGUAUACACCGCAUGUGCGCAAAGCAAGGGAAGAAGAUCUCAGAGAGGGCAAGAUUGAUCAGGAAGAGUAUGAUGCCAUUGAAUCGCUGGAGAGAAAUCAUAUUAGCAACAUAUCAACUGCACACAGCAAUAUCGGGUAUCUAUUCACCCUUGUGCUCAAUCUGAGUGUUUUGCUUCCACUCCAGGGAAACAGCUUUUCAAACAACUUGGCACUUUGCCUUACUAACUCAUAUUGGGUGGUUCUCGGUAUCUGGUGGUUUAUCUUCCAGCAAAAAAGGCCAGGUCCUAAGAUACCCAAAGGCUCCAGCUACGCCACCAUUGGAUUCAAGCAGAUUUGGUUGGCGAUUCGAGAAAUAAGAUCUCUCCCCCAGACAUUUCUCUAUUUCUUUGCCUACUUCCUACUUGCUGAUGGCUUGAACACAACGGGUACUCUUGUGAGUAUCAUCCAAAAUGAUUCUGUUUCGUUUUCGUUCUUGCAAAUCACCUACCUCGGCAUUACGCAAGCUGCUUGUUCGAUCACAUCUACCCUUGGGUUUUGGUAUAUCCAGCGGUACUUCAAGUUCCAGACAAAAACCAUGUUUUUGUUCACCAAUCUCUUCACCGUUCUAAUCCCCUUCUGGGGUAUGCUGGGUCUAUGGACUAAUCGCAUCGGUUAUCACAAUCGAUGGGAAUUUUAUCUCUACAAUGUGAUCUUCGGUCUAUUCCAGGCUCCAUACUAUGCAUACGCCCAAACAAUGAUCAGUGAGCUCAUGCCACGCGGCUAUGACAAUAUGUUCUUCGCUCUAUUUGGAAUUACAAAUCGAGCAUCCUCAAUUAUUGGUCCCAAUGUCAUACAGGCAAUAAUCAACAAUAGUCGCAAUAGCUGGAUGGGUUUCCCAUUUUUGUUCGCUAUCUGCGCCGGUGCUAUGAUCGUCAUUUGCUUUGUGGACAUUGCAAAAGGUCGUGAGGACUGUCGGAAGUUUACCGAGCAGCGCAAGGUGGAUCGUGUUGUGGCAGAGAGUGGUUUAAAUGCCGAUGACAUCGCCAAAGGGAAACAGUCUGUUGGUAACGACUUCGCGGAGGCUGAAAUUGGGCAUGCGAACACUUCGGCGAGGGAGUAG